UUUGUACACUAGUGUCUUAGGUAGAACUCCAGUGGGAGAGAGAGAGAGAGGCCCUCUACCAUGGCAUCUCCUCCACUAUAAAUACCCACUCAGCCUUGCCUAAUCCACUUCAUCUCUCAAGACUUCGUAGUUCAGCUCAACUCUGCAAACUGCUCCUAAUUAUCUGUCCCUAGUCACUUUCACUUUUUUGGGUAGUCUUUGUUCUUGUCUCUCACUAGUUGAGAAUAUGAAGAAGUUUAUGCUUGCAGCUUUGUUGCUUAUGGCACUUCUCCUCACCACUUCCUUUCUUCAGGCCACCAUGGCUGAUGACACAAGUUUCUGCGGCUCAAAGUGCAAGGACAGAUGCGCUAAGGCAGGAGUGAUGGACCGUUGCAUUAAGUAUUGUGGUAUCUGCUGCAAGGAGUGCAAUUGUGUUCCUUCUGGGACUUAUGGAAACAAGCAUGAGUGUCCUUGUUACAGAGACAAGAAGAACUCUAAAGGCAAACCCAAGUGCCCUUAAAUUUAACAUAUUUUGAACUUCGAAUCCUCCCUUUUAUUUAUUUUAUUUUCCAUUACUACUACUACUACUACUUUAAUGGGAACUUUGAGGUGUAUGUAUUCACAUUUAUAGAACACCGUUGUUGUUGUACUCCUAGCAAAGAAAAAGCAAAAAAAAAAGACAUUAUUGCACGAUGAAGAUUGUUGUAGUCUAAGUAGGUAGGAACUAGGAUUCGAUGAUCAGGAGAGCUUUGAUGAAAGUCCUUAGAUUUUUAAAUACUAAUAAAAUAUUAAUAAAGUGAGGGUUAGUGUCU